AUGGAAUUACAGUGCAGAAAAACCUGGAUAUUGAAAAGGAGAAUUGGGAAUAAAUGUGAAAUCUACAAUACGCAGGAUGUGCGAGAAGGAGACGCUUGGAGUGGUGAAAAAGGCAAAGAAGAUGGAGUUUUGAAGCUAAAGACAGUGAAAAUGGCGGCCUUUGCUGAGUGUUCAUCUGCAUUGUCUUCGGUGAAUUCAACUGCCCAGCUUUCAGAUUCUGGAAACCUUAUCCUGCGAGACGAGUCCAAUGGAAAUAUAAUAUGGGAGAGUUUUGAUCACCCUUCUGAUUCUAUGUUGCAGGAGAUGAAAAUUAGUAUCAACAGGUUUACAGAUAAGGAGACUCAGCUGACCUCAUGGAAAGGCCCUACAGAUCCAUCCACUAGAAAGUUCACUUCUGGCAUCAAUCCUCUGAAUAUUCCAGAAAUUUAUAUAUGGAAUGGUAGUCAUCCAUACUGGCACAGUGGUCCAUGGAAUGGCCAAUCUUUUAUUGGCAUACCUGCAAUGGUUUCUUGUGAGAGAAACAACACUGGUGGUGGAAAGGGUAAAGAAGACGGGUUUCUAAAGCUAAAGACAGUGGAAGUGUCGGCCUUGGCUGAGUUGGUUUUUGCUGCUGAAGACAACUGCAAAAGCCAGUGCUUGAAUAAUUGUUCUUGUAUAGCAUAUGCGUAA